AUGGUCUUUGGUUUGGUCAGAGGUUUCCCCCCUUUUGGAGAAGUGUUUGUGUCAAUCGAGAACGGAGAGGGACAACUCGGGGCGGUCGCAGCCAGGUGCGCUUGCUCACUCCCCACCGCCCCAGCCCGGUCACCUCGGCCCGCGGCCUGCCCGGUGGCCUCCGUGUUCUCGGAAGGGCACUCUCAGCGUCUGGACUCCUUCGGGGAGCCUCUUUCUUCCUUUUUUUUUUUUUUUUUCCUUUGCAGCGGUAGGAGUAGGGGGGAGGGGAGUAGCUUGGAGGGCUUUAAAAAAAACGUCCUGGUGCAGCAGCUACAGUUCUGCGCGGCUGGAACAGCUCGGCAUGAGCCUCCGCUGUCGCCGCACGGGCCGCAGUUCGUUGCUGGCUGUUCCCGGACAAGGGUCCCUCUGUCCCUGGUCUCCUGGCCCAGUCCGCCGCCCCGGCACGUCUCUCCCCAGCUCCAGCGGCUCGGUCACUGCUCCUGGCUGUUGGCUGAGCUCUGGAAGCCCCCUCGCCUUAAUGCAGCGCCCGCCGACGUCACCGCGACCUGCGACCAAUCAGCGGCUCGCGGUCCCUCUGUAAACCAUUCUGCAUCCCCCGGCUGGGGAGAGUGCCGGGAGACCGCGUUUAGAGGAUCAGUGGCGGCCGCAUCCGCGGCCCGGCGCGGUGCGGGCUGCGGGCAUCGAGGUGCCCGGGCCCCCCUCUACUCUGGAGACAGCCCACGGCACCAGGUUCUGGAGAGCCAACUUCCUGACUUCAGCAGUGUGAAGAUGAUACAAUACUUUUUGGUGGGCAUUCAUCUGUCCCCCAAGCAGCUCUCAAUCUGGGGCACAGCUUUGAAGGAAGGUUGCUAAGCCUGCUAAAUCCUAGUGCACACCAACGCUGUUUUCCCAUUCAUCUGGAAACCUGGUAAGUCCUGCCUAAAAGCCUAUGUGUCAAUUUAACCUCCCGCCUGACUGCCCACAAUCCCAGCAUUUUACACUAGAGCCUUUCAGAUCUGCUUUGCUUAUGUGAAGACAGAAUGAUGUUUCAAGACUCAGAAACUUUGCACGUGUCAUUCCCUUUGCUUGGAACACCUUUCCCUCUCUUCCAACACCCUUAUGAUUGGCCUGGAAAUUUUCUAUUUCCCAUCUCAAAAUCUCAGUCUUCAAUUCUCCAGAAGAUUUCCUAACCCCCUGCUCCCAUUUAUUCCAGAAAGAGUUAUCUUUGCUUUUGUGCAUGAGCAAAUUCCACUGUUACUUAUACU